CUGUCACAAUUCAUUUCAUCGACCCGAAAUCGUAUUUUUGUUGGUCGAUGUAAAAACUUCACCGUGGAUUAAAAUUGAACGAAGAAAAAAAUCGCUUCGGGAUAUCUGGGAAAUUGAGUUUGAUCGGACAUAAAGCGUACAGGUUUCUGUGUUAAUUGAUGAAAUAUGGUGAUAACAUUAGACCAUGAUUUACCAACCGAAGAUGAGCUCACUGUGCCCGAACUGAAGCUAUCGGGUCCAGCUCUUCGUGCUGGUGCAUUUCAUUUGGGCAAAUACUGUCAAGAUACAUUUAAUGAAUUUAUGCUGUGCCGCGAUGAGCUGCAGGAUCCGAGAAAAUGUGUGAAGGAAGGAAAAGAGGUGACCAACUGUUCCUUUGAAUUCUUUCGUUUGAUUAAAAAGACGUGUCAUGCGGAAUUCGCUCAGUACGCUCAUUGUUUGGACAAAAGCAGUGCGGAUAUGAAUUAUAAACAUUGCCGUAACACUCAAAACGUAUUUGAUAAAUGCGUACUAGAUAAUUUGAACAUUGAGCGUCCGGGUUAUGGUUACUUUUGCCGAGCUCAGGUUGUUAAUACGAAUCGACCAAAGCCGCCAACUUCCAAAAAACCGCACUACGACGAUGUUCCAAUUGGUUUACCCGACGAUGCACCAAGAACGCCAGCCAAUUACGGAGGCCGAACAUUUGUGUGAAAAAGUGCAGCAUUUUCACAGUCAUACACACUAGAAAAGCAACAUUUUAUAAUAGUAAUAAAAAAAUAAAGUUGAAUCGUAAAUGGAA